AUGCAGGCCUUUCGACGUCCCUUGGUCUCGGCGGCACAGACGACUGCGCGGAGGAGCUAUGCGACAGCUCUAGCUUCGUCCAUGUACUCGAAAACAAACGUCAAUCUGCGCAUCAACGGCGACACAAAGGUCAUAUACCAGGGCUUUACGGGAAAGCAAGGAACAUUCCAUGCGCGACAAGCCAUUGAAUACGGCACCAACGUGGUCGGCGGCACAAACCCCAAGAAGGCGGGCACAGAGCACCUAGGCAAGCCAGUCUUUGCAUCCGUCGCCGACGCCGUCAAGGAGACCGGGGCCAAUGCCUCCGCCAUCUUCGUCCCACCACCGCUCGCCGCGAGGGGUAUAGAGGAGGCAGUCGAGGCACAGAUCCCGCUGGUAGUGUGCAUUACGGAGGGCAUCCCGCAGCACGACAUGGUCCGCAUCACGGACAUGCUCAAGACGCAGGACAAGACACGGCUGGUUGGACCCAACUGCCCUGGUAUCAUCGCGCCGGGUCAGUGCAAGAUCGGCAUCAUGCCCGGCUUCAUCCACAAGCGCGGCCGCGUCGGCAUCGUCUCCCGCUCCGGCACCCUCACCUACGAAGCCGUCAACCAGACCACGCAAGCCGGCCUCGGGCAAUCCCUCGUGAUCGGUAUCGGCGGUGAUCCCUUCUCCGGUACAAACUUCAUCGACUGCUUGAAGGUCUUCCUGCAGGACGAGGAGACAGACGGCAUUAUCAUGAUUGGCGAGAUUGGCGGCUCGGCGGAGGAGGAUGCGGCGGACUUCUUGAAGGAGUACAACACGGCGAACAAGCCUGUGGUGAGCUUCAUUGCCGGUAUCUCGGCGCCGCCGGGGAGGAGAAUGGGCCAUGCUGGUGCUAUUGUUAGUGGAGGCAAGGGUGAUGCCAAUUCCAAGAUCAGAGCAUUGGAGGGUGCCGGCGUUGUUGUUGAGCGUAGCCCUGCCGCGCUGGGCAAGACGUUGCACGCCGAGUUUGUUAAGCGGGAUUUGAUAUAG